CGAGUACAGUGGCAGGAGAAGAAGAAGUGCAGGAAGAAGAAGAAGAAGCUAUCAUUGAACCAAACCGACGCACAUUGAACCGGAGGAAGAUUUCUAACUGGAAGUAUUUGAAUUAUUAAUUAUUUGAGCUAUUGUCUAAUUUCUUGUUUAUUGUUGAUAAGAAGAGACUUGAUCUCCUUGUGUUGAGGAACCAACUCUUCCACUUUUCCAUUUCCAUGUUAGUGGGAGUUAUGACUCCAUCUAGGUUGUUUACGUUUUCUAUUUAAACAAAUAAAAAAAAAGACAAAAAGGUAUGUCAAUCCUACCAACAAAACAUUGCGUCUUUUACGUUUAACUCUUGAAGCUAUAUCUGGGACCAUCACUUUCUCUAGUAAAUAACCGGUAAAUGUGUGUAAGAACUGGCAUUCAUAAAUUAAUGAAAUAACAUAAAUAUAAUAUAGUAAAAGAUGGAAUAUAUUCAUUCUUCAUCAAAUUUAUUUUGUCUAUUUGUUUAUGGAAUUGAUGGAAUGACUAUUUCAUUCCAUUUAAAUUAAAUGGUAAAAAAUAUUUUAGAAUUGAUGGAAUAAGUUAUUUCAUUCUAAAUAUUGAUAAUGUCACCAAUAAUAAUAAUUAUGUUUUAAUGUGUUAGUUAUCUAGUGUUUAGGUCUUUCUUUAUUGGUAUUAUUUUAUUUGUCAAAGAUAUUAAAACAUUUGAGUUUGGAAUGAUUGUAUCAAUAUAAGCUUGACGUGUUUCAUUAGAUAAUAUCACUAACCAUAUCUAUAUAAAAUUCUCUAAAAUAUUAGGACCAGUGGACCAUGUCAUUUUAUAUUCUGACACAUCAUACAUGUGGUGUAAUGCAAAAAAAAAAAAAAAGCAUAUGAAACCAUUUUAAUUGAUCUUUUCCCCAUUCGUUAUUCAUAAAAUUAACUUAUCUAAGUUGUAUCCCUUCUAUUUAAAACUAGUUGAUGCACAGAGAAAACAAAUUAAAGAUUCAUAUGUCCACCAAGUGGAAGAACAUUCUUUUUAUUUUUCUCUACAACAACUCAACGUUUGUAUCUUAUUUCACGAAAUAGACUUUUGUUUCUCCAUCAUCAAGUAAGAUAAUGAAGAAAUUCAAUUCAAGAAAGAGAAAGGUUGUGAGGAAACAAUCUCCAAAUCUUUUGAUAUACAUCUUACCAACACUUGUGUUCUGUGUACUCUUUGUCCCUCACAUCAAUCAAACCGUAACCUAUCUCUUUCCUUCCGACCAAGAAACCCUAAAUCUCACUCUAAAGAUUAAACAAGGAGAAACAGAUACUUGCACUGGAAGAUAUGUCUAUAUCCACAAUCUCCCCAGUAGAUUCAAUGAUGAUCUGAUCGAGAGUUGUGAAUCAUAUGCCGGGUUACGCAAUAAGUGUAAGUACCUGGUUAACUCUGGCUUCGGUCCACCGAUCUUGGAGGAUGAUCAUAACCACACAACUAGAGUAUUAACCACCGAGACUGGUUCUUGGCACUCAACCAAUCAGUUCAUGCUUGAGGUUAUCUUCAGAGAGAAGAUGAGACACUAUGAGUGUUUGACCAACGAUUCCUCCCUUUCUUCUGCGGUCUUCGUCCCGUUCUACGCUGGAUUCGACGUGAGACGCUUUUGGGUAUACAACGUGAAGCUUAGAGAUCAACUCGGUGAAGAUCUAGCUCAAUGGCUUAGGGAGAGACCUGAGUGGAAGAAAAUGUACGGACAAGAUCACUUCUUUGUCACGGGACGGGUUGGUCGGGAUUUCAGAAGGGUGCCUGAUCUAGAUUCAGACUGGGGGAACAAUCUGAUGCGCUUGCCUGAAUUUGAGAACAUGACUAUGUUAUCUAUCGAGACAAAUUCUUGUAGCAACGAGUUUGCGGUUCCUUAUCCAACUUACUUCCAUCCAAAGACCAGAACCGAGGUUGAGACAUGGCAAAUGCAAGUGGGAACGGUUCAGAGACGAUACUUGUUCUCGUUCGUUGGAGCUCCAAGGCCGGAGAUGGAGGAAUCUAUAAGAGGAGAGGUUAUAAAACAGUGCCUUGCAUCACAAGAAAGAUGCAUGUUUCUUAACUGUGACACACCAAGUAAAGAUUGUGGUAACCCGGUUAAGGUAGUGGAAGUGUUUCAAGAUUCAAUUUUCUGUUUACAACCAUCAGGAGAUACACCUACAAGGAGAUCAACGUUUGAUUCGGUUUUAGCCGGUUGUAUACCGGUUUUCUUUAGCCUCGAUUCGGUUCAGUACAAGUGGCAUUUCCCGGUUGAUCAUACCAAAUAUUCGGUUUACAUUUCGGAAGAAGAUGUGAGAGAUGGUAAGGUUAGUAUAGAGAAGAUAUUGAGUAUGAUUAGUGAAGAAGAGAUUUUGAGUAUGAGGAAUGAGGUUGAGAAGAUCAUACCGAAGAUUAUCUAUGCUAAACCGGGGGCUCUUGGACCGGAGAAGAUUGAAGAUGCGUUUGAAAUUGCGGUGAGUAGGAUUCUUGAGAGAGUGUCAUCAUUAUUCAAGAAUCAAGAUAAUGACCAAAAUCUAGGAAUGACAUGAAUGGUUCAUAAUAAUAUAUAUAUAUUUUUAAAUGCCUUUUGCUACUAAAAUAAAAAUCUUCAUUCAAAAGAAUAAUAUAAUUUCCUUACAAUUAAUAUACAUAAAUGGUUCACAAGAGUGAUAAAAUCUCUCUUUCUUCUUUUUCAAAAUUUUCUUAUUUAUUACAUAUAAUAAUAAUUAUAUUGUUAUUUUUUAAUAGAGAUCUUUAUUUUUUAAAAAAAUAUAGAGAUAUACAUUAGAAAUGAUCUAAAUCGAAUUGUAAAUUUGCUCUAAAUGGAAUUCUAAAUUAAGAUAGAUAGUUG